AUGAGCUACACUUGGGCAUUGAAGGGAGCAGCUACAUUAAAAGAAAGAUCAGGAUGCAAGAACAGACUAAAUGGGGUUGCACCAGUGAUGCCCAUCGAGGACAACCCGGAGGUUGACUUCGACUUUGAGAAGUAUAGAUCAAUGCUUGCAAUAGGUGCCCAGCUCAGCAUUGAAACACCAGAUGGGAAGUACAUGGUUAGAUCAGUGUCUGUCAUCCUGAACAGUGAAGCCAAGGUUGUUCUUAAAAUGAGGAAGCUCAGUCUGUUGAAAAGCAAAAAGGAAAGCAUCAUACUGGACAUGUAUGCGGAGCUGUAUAAAGAUUCCGAGGCAGCAGAUGAGAAUGGCACGGGUUAUCUUAUCGUGUUAACGACGAGUAGGGGUACAUUCAAGCUAGACAUGGAAGACGACUAUCAACGUUACAAGACAUGGGCCACAACCAUUAACCAUAUGCUCAUGGUUUCUACUUCAUUUACGAAAUAUCAUCUUCAAUUCUACAAAAAGUAG